CGAAGACAAGGAAGGGAUGAAAGAAGAGGAAGAGGAAGAGGCGAGGAGAAAGGAGAUAGAAACACUCUUGGCCAGGGUGACUCACCUGCACCUCGAAUCGAGAGGAAUAACACAUAUUGAGGAUGUGGGUGUUUGUCCUGCAGCUCGAGUGGCCUUCCUGCAACACAAUCACCUCACCCGCCUGGCCAACCUGCGCCCGCUUAGGCUCCUGCAGGAGUUGUAUCUACAGGAUAAUCAUAUCACCAGACUGGAAGGCCUUAAGGAGCUACCUAGUCUACGGCGCCUGCUGGUGGGCGGGAAUCGCGUGGGCGUGGUGGAGGGGCUGCCGCAUGGCCUACAAGAGCUACACAUCCAGGAACAGCGUCUGCCUCCUGGAGACGCCCUUGUUCUCGAUCCUCACGCCCUUGCGGCUGUACAGGUGGGGGUGGUUGCAUCUUAA